AUGUCAACACAAAAUCUUCUUUUACUACCUGUGGAAAUUGUUCAUUUAAUCUUUGAUAAUCUCGAUGUACAAGAUAUUAUUUAUUCAAUACGUCGUGUUUCCAAGCAUUUCUAUCAUAUUACAAAUUCAUAUAAUCGUUAUCAAUUAAACAUGUGUUCACUGAAAGCAUCGACUAUCAAACUUCUUUCUCAUCGAAUCUGUCCGGAACAAAUCAUUUCGUUGAUUGUAAAUAAAUAUUACGAUUUAAAUCAAAUCGAUUUACCUCGAUCAAUAUCAGGUACUCGUGGAUCGAUCUAUGAUAUGUCUAAAUUUAUCAAUCUGCAAUCAUUAACUCUUAUCAAUGUCAAUGAAAACGAUACACAGAAAUUUUUCGAACAUAUUUCUCUUUGUCAACAUAUAGUCAGAUUAACUAUCGAAGGAUUUAUUGUAACAGAUCAUACAAUAUUUCGUUUGAAGAACUUAUUUAACACAAAUCAAUCGAUCAAAUCACUUAUUCUUCGUCAAGUGAAAUUAUCGAACGGUGAACGAAAACAUCUAAAGAAUCUUUUCGGAGUCGGUCAGGUAUUAAAAUCACUUAGUUUUGUUCCCGAACCGAUUGAAGAUAUUGGAUCAAUCUUCCUGUCAAACGCUUUACAAGACAAACAAGUAACACUCACAACACUAAAUCUACAAAUGAAUUCGAUCAGAAAUACCGGAACGAAAUAUUUAUCAGACGCACUAAAAAUCAACAAAACAAUCCGAGUACUAAAUCUGCAAAAGAAUGGGAUAGAAAACGAAGGAGUAUUUUAUUUAGCUGAUGCCUUACAAAACAAUCAGACACUUGUUGUAUUAGACCUCAGAUACAACUUAAUAGAAGAUUCAGCAAUUGAUUAUCUUUCAUAUACUUUAGCCGACAGUACUAAAUUACGACGAUUGGAACUUGAUGGAAAUUUGAAUCGAAAAAGACUCCAUAUCGGACAUCUCAUUAGUAUAAAAUACGAUCCGCUACUCGCUACAUUAGAUCUCAGCAGAUGUGAAAUCGAUGAUGAUAAAAUUCAACAAGUCGCUCUUUUCUUGCGGACUAAUCUCACAUUAAAAUGUCUCGAUCUGAGCCACAAUUUAAUAACAAACUUCGGCGCACAUCGAUUAGGUGAAGCCUUGAGCAAUAAUAAAACUUUGGUUAAACUCAAUCUGAAGCGAAAUAUCGGGCGAGAUUGUGUUGCUGUUGCAGUUGCAAUUAGUAUCAGAAAUAGUCAGGAAUCUAAUCUAAACCUUAGCGGUGAAGAAAUUACAAAUAGUGGAAUGAAGUAUAUCGCCAACGAAUUUUUUAAUAAUCAAACACUGAAACAUUUGGAUUUAAGUUACAAUGAAAUUGGUGAUCGAGGAAUUCUAUAUUUAGCUUUGGUUCUGAGAAACAAUCGAACAUUGAUGAAAUUGAAUCUAUUUGGAAAUUGCAUUGGAGAUAAAGGCAUUGAAUAUUUAAUUGAAAAUUUGCAAUUUAAUACUACACUCUUGAUAUUAAAUAUCGGUGGAAAUCCAAUUGAAAAUAUGUCUUAUCGAUUCGCACUUCUCACCGCACCGGAAUACGGUUGGAAUCGUACCGGAACGGUCGGUGAAGAAUACUUCCGUCGCGCAUUUCAAAACAAUUCAACUAAUGAAAUUAUCAAAUUCGAUCAUAGUCAUCUCAACGAUAAUGAUAUUUACCAUCUUUCUAUAUUGUUACAAAGUACAAAUGUCAAAAUACUGGAUUUGAGUUUUAAUGAAAUUACUGAUCAAAGUGUGAAAUAUCUUGUCGAUAUUUUACGGAAUAACCGAAAAUUAAUCACGUUGGAUUUACGAUACAAUCAGAUCGGAGAACAAGGAGCAGAAUAUUUGUACGGAGUAUUUCGAGAACAUCCGUUGAACAAAUUGCAACUCGAUGGAAAUCAAAAUGAUUUUGUUACGUUGGUUAGAAUUGCCAUUUCAUUACGAAAUGAUCGAGUGCAAAACGCUCUGUUAAUAUCGAACAUCAAUUUAUCCAUCAGCAAAAGAUCCGAAAUGAUUUUCAAGGAGAUACAAAACAAACUGACACUCGUUCGAAUUGAUUUCAAUGGAAAUUAUCUCGGCGACCGAGGAAUUCAAUAUUUGACGAAUGCUCUGCAAAAUCAUCAGAAAUUAAACCAUUUAUCUUUGAACAACAAUGAAAUUGGUGUUCAAGGAAUCCGAUAUUUAACAGAUAUGAUUCAAUAUCAACGAUUGACAAGUUUAGAACUUGUUGGAAAUUAUUUUGGAGAUGAAGGAAUGAGAUAUUUAUCAAAAGUUUUAUAUAAACACACAACACUCAUACAUGUUAAUCUUCGAGAUAAUCAAAUAACAGACCAAGGAAUCAAAUAUUUAGCUGAGGUUUUAUCGACGAAUCAAGUCUUGAAAAUGGUUGACCUUUGUUCGAAUGAUAUAGGAAACGAUGGAAUGAUCUGUUUAAUCGAUGUUUUGAAUGCGAGACAGUCUCCACCGAUAAUCUAUGUUGAAUUAAAGAAAUUUUCUUCUGAAAUUCGAAGUGCUUCCAAGGAACUACAAGACAAUAAAAUUCUAAUCAUCAAAUACACAGUUAACAUUGAAUCUCGUCAACCUCUAUCAGUUUCGAUCUAA